AUGUCGGAUGUUUCUGACGCCCUCGACCGAGUCCACCCGGACUUUCUUGACUUGCUGAUCCGUCAAGAGCUCCUACCCCCUGACGAAGCUUUCUCGGAGCCAUACCUGGCCAGGCUCAUCUCCAUUGCUCUAGAUCUUGCAGAGGAUGAUGAACAGGCUUUCCUGGUCAGUAGGAUUAUUACCGAUGAAGAGUUGGCCUUUGAGCGACUGCGCAGCCCCGAAGUUCGCAAUACCAACCAUCGAAUCGUGCUGGAUCGCACCGAGAGGAGGAUUGCUUUUCGCGAAGCUGCAAUGGAUCCUGUACCUGAAGAAGGGAACGGAGAAAUGUGCGUUGCUUGUAUGGACGAUGCUCACAUGAGAGCCCCUUGCGGCCGCCACAAUUACUGCUACCCUUGCUACCGUGAACUUAUUCGACUCGGUCUUGUUUCUCAAGAAGGGUUUCCACCGAGAUGCUGCGAGCCUAUCAAUGAGGAGGGUGUUGCACUUGCACGCGCCCCUGCUUUGGUUCAUCUGUUCCGCCAGGUGCAAGAGGAAGCCAAUGCGCCGUUUCACAAUAGACUAUACUGCCACGACCCUAACUGCGUAGCAUUCAUUCCGCCUGACCGCAACGGGCACUGUUUAUUGUGUGAUACGCACACAUGUCGUGACUGCGGUGAGCGAGGCCAUCCAGGCCAGCCUUGCCGAGAGGGAGCCGCAGAGGAAGACGUCUGGGCCACCAUGGACGAGAACCGGACCGUUAACUGCCCCGGGUGCGGCAGGAUGAUCGAGCUCGCAGAGGCGUGCAACCACAUGACAUGCGUAUGCGGCCAAGAAUUCUGUUUCAUUUGCGGUGAAGUAUGGCGCACCUGCGGCUGUCCCACAUAUGGAGGCUUUAACCUCAUGGUACCCAUGAGGGACCGUCCAGGUACGAAGCCACCGCAGUACCGUCGUCGCCCGCACCCUACUGAGGAGGCUGCAGCGGACGAGGCGGAUGGACCUGCGAGAAUUCCACAGCUACGACCCGUACAGGGUGAGGAGAAUCGUGUUCCGCCCAGAGCCGGGGGACCGCGAAGGGUUAUCCGUCCUUUGGUGUUGCCUCCUCCUGAGGGACAACAGGAACCCCAGGAGCAGCGCCGCCGUGGGGAACAUCAUGGGAGGGAACGACAACAUGGUGAAGGACAUCGUCAUGGAGAAAGGAAUCACUAUGGAGAAGGGCAUCGCCAGGGGGAAAGAAAUCAUCAUGGAGAAAGACGUUAUCACGAUGAGAGGAAUCGAGAUGCAUAUGAACGUGACCGAAAUCGCAGACGAGCCAUACCAGUGGAAUUGCACGGUCUUGAACCUAUAAUGGUAGGUCCUCCGCCCGAUGCCCCUCGCCUACGGAGGAUGUCCGGGAACAUGAUACACGGGGGAGAUAUGAGAAUAGCUAACCAAGUCGCCGAUGUGCAGAGAAGACAUGCGCCUGGAAUGCGAAUGGAUCGCCGGCGCGACGAUGGCCGUGCUGCCAUGGAAGCUCCCAUGCCGGAUAUUGGUCGCAUGCAGAUCAAUGAGCAGCGGAUUGAGAGACCGCCUGUAAGAGACGAACGUGUUAUUCCCAGGACUUAUCGACCAGAUAUGGGUCCGCCUGAGAGGUACUACCAAGGCCGCUUGUACAACGAGAGAGAUGCGCCUCAUUUAGACGUGCCACGCCGACCUUAUAACCCGAUGGAUACCCCUCAGAUAGACAGGCCUCGCCGUGAAGAGCCUAAUCAUGCGGAAGACGCUGAAGCUAGGCGCACAAACCAGGAGCGGCUCCUUGCGAUGAAUCGCUUGGCGGCUCAAUUGGCGGCGCAGGCUCCUCCUCGCCAACAGGGCAGGAAUCGUCAAGGGCAUUAUGGAAAUAAUUAUAAUGACCCGAUAUUGAUAGAUUCCGACGAUGAUCUAUACGGUGAAGAUUGA